AUGAUAAAAGCAAUCUUCUACAGCAAAUUCGACACCCAAGAGGGCCCAAAGGUCGUCCACCAAGUCCCAGAUGGCGCCAUCGUCCCCUCAGCAACAGCGCCCGAUCAACCGCUCUUCAUACCUUUCUCCGACAUAUCCUUCUUCGUGAUCCCCCGCCAGGAGCUAUGCGGAAACCUCUUGCAGGUCUGCACUAACGGCUAUCGUAUCCUAGGAUAUCCGAUCUGCAUGAAAUCGCCGCGAUACGACCGCAAUGAGUUCAUCUUCAACUUCUGUAUCGUGUUGGCUGACGAGGACGAUUUCAGCACGUACAAGAGCGUGGUACAGAAGCUGGCAGACUUGAUGCAUGGCUUGGAGGAACAAAGUGGGUUCCUCUCGAGGGAUUUCUCGAAAACUGGCGAGGGGAAGGUCUACAGCCUUUGUGAGAUGUUGAUGGAGGACUUGAAUAAUUAUUGCGAGUGCAUGAUUCCCAUUGAUGAACUGAACACCUUGAACAUCAAGCUCUUCCCAAUCUAUCCCUCUCCUCCACCUGUUAAGGCCUGGUAUGUCCCUCUUUUCACAGUGCGAUACCAAGCCUUCAUGGACGAGAACUGGGAUCUAACACUGCAGCGGAUCGUACCACACAUAAAUGGCAUCAAUAGCAUCCGCAUAAUAUCCAUUUUAGCCGAUACAGACUUCUCCUUAACCUGUCGCGCAAUCCGCCAUCUACUAUACUACGGCUGUCUAUUCCUACUAGACAUCUUCUCCUUCUCAGCAAUAUACGCUCCAACAGCACAAUUCAACUCUACAAUCGCCUCAGACGAAGCCAUGCAACUCGAAUGCGCCCGUUACGUCAAUACCCGUUUCGCACCACACUCAGCCGUAAGCCCUCAGUCUGCCUUACCAGCACUAACAGCCGCCGCCACCGUCGCAGCAGCAGCAGCAGCAGCUGCUGCUGCCGCAGCCGGAACAAGUAGCAGCAGCGGCGGCGGCGCAGACCCACUACCCAGCUCACUCGCCGAAGUCCCAAGCAUAUCCCGCGACGAGUCCCGCUUCGACGCAGAAGAGAUCUGGCCAUUACUAGGCGACGCAGAAUCAAAAACGCAGGCCUCAAUACCAAUAGGCCAGUCCAGCAUCGUCGACGGCGUGGGCAUAGUUGAGCUCUACGCCAGCCUCAAGCAAGGACAGAGCGUGAAGCAGUGGUACGCGCAACACAGCCGCGAGCUAGCCAACAUCGACAUCCGGCGCUUCAUCACAUUCGGCGUCAUAAAAGGCUUCCUUUACCGCGUACACAAAUACGCCUGCGCAACAGGCCAGCCGGCCCCAGUGCCGGCUCCGCGCAAUGCAAAUUUGUCGACGGGACCGUCGUCCCGUGUCACGACAGGGACUAAUACGCCGUAUGCCACGUCGAGUAUUGGGGAAGAGGGAUCUCAUUCUGCCGCUGCGCGACAUGAGCGUACAUCGUCGUUUAAUAGCGGGAGUUAUACUGGUACUGGGGUUGGGAAUGGAAGUACGCUUUCUGGUGUGUUUGAGGAUGACGAGGAUGAUCCGAUUGAUGAUAAGACUUUGGGGAAAUUUUUAGAUGGUAUGCAUAGCUUUGAUGAGAUUUGUACUGAGUUCGAGAUUGGGGAGCGGGAGUUGACGGCCAGGUUGAAGAGAUAUCCUGGGGAAGUGUUGAUUCUACAUCGGUGA